GCAGCCCAGGUGUUUCUGUGUGUCUCUGUGAGGGAAAGAAAAACUGCACACUAUCUAUUUCUGUAACCAAAUAGGCAGAAAUUGCUGGACACCCACUGAGGCAGUUGUGCUCGUUGUGCAAGUCAUCUGAAAAGCCCCUCGUUAGCUGCAGAGAGAGAGAGGCAACAGCCAUGAGUCUGCUGUGAUAAUGGAGAGCAACAGGACAGGCAGGAAAAGAAAUCAAAGAUGCUGUAACCAUAACAACGUCGCAGAGCCUGAGUAUGACGUGGUCGAUGACCAAGAGGAAGUGCUGCAUGUGCGCAUACUUCCUGCGAGGCCCAUACAUGAUGAGAGAGAGUAUGCAGACAGGGAUCUUCCAAGGUCAUCGUCCUCUCAGAGCCUUUCAUCACUCUCCACUGGUACCGCCAACACCCCCCCAAGGCAAACCACACAUAAUACAGGACCUGCAAUAAAUAGAGACCUGAAGCCAGGCAGAAAAAAGACCAGAUUCGAAAAGAGGCCUGCACCUUUGCCGCCAGCAGAACAGCUCUCACGCAGGCAAUCUCCAUCACCUCCACCAUUUAUCUCGGAGUUGGUGAAUCACUUGCCCGGGCUGACUCUACACGAACCCUGCAGGAGGAAUGGGCAGAAAGCAACUAGAAAAGCAGAAUUCAGCUCACAAACCAGAGGUCUACACAGUGCUGAAAGCGAUCCAUCCCUUCAUACCCAUUACAGGCAUUCCUUGGAUUUGGAAAGUCAGAUUAUAGACACAAGGUCACAACAAGAUUUCGAAAGGGUGCCAUCAAAACGUCAUCACCAUGAAUGGCCUCAGACUAAAGAAGACUUUGACCAGCAUGACUUUGUUCCAAAGGAGAAGCCUCAACAGACAUACUGUGAAGACUGGUACGUUGGGGACUGUACUCGAGCAGAUGCUGAGCACGCUUUACACCUGGUAAACAAGGAUGGAGCAUUCUUGAUACGAGAUUGCUCCGUCAACACCAACAGUGAGCCCCUGGUAUUGGUUGUGUAUCACGAGAAGAAGGUUUAUAAUGUAAAAAUACGGUUCAUCGAGAGCACUGGCAAGUACGCCCUGGGAACAGGACAACGAUCAAAUGAUAUGUUUGACUCUGUUGCAGACAUCAUCAAGUUUCAUUCCAUAUUCCCAAUAAUACUCAUCAGCGGGAGAAAUAUGCCCUCAAGCAAAUACCCAGAAAACUGCGUGCUGACAUUUCCAGUAACGAGGAGGGAUGUUGACCAGCUGCUGCAAUAACACAUGAACCAUUCCAGCACAGAUUAUCUGUUCAGUCCCAUCUGGUUGUAACCCACAACAUCCACUGAGGUUUAUCAUGAGCAUGUUAGGGAAAAGCUCGCUGUGUAUACAAAUUGGGAAAGUGUGUGCCUGUGUCAGUAAAUAAAAAGAUUUAUCUAAGUCUACAAAUAAAUAUUAUUUUCAUUAUCAA